GGAGCACUCAGACUGAGACGAUUGCAUUCUUGCCAGUCGCUUCCAGACAGUGCAAUUUGUGCCUGAGGAAGGUCUGUGUCAAGGACCGAUUAUUUUGUAAAGUAGAAGCUACUGAGGGAUAAAACCAUGUCUUGAUCGGAGGAUGCGGACUGCACCUUUUUAGCACGUACCAUGCACUUCCAUCGCUCUCAGCCUCCUUAGAGUCGUGUCAAUUACAGUUGCCACUGGAGGCUUCUGUUGUUUACAUCCGUGAAAUAAAACGUUGACGAUUUGCAUGCGAACGUUUAACCUUUCUCUAAACGGAAGAUUGCUAUUUUUUUGUGUGGUCUUUUGCAAUUUGUUCAUUGGAGCGAGCCAUACUGAUUUUGCUUGCUUGGACCUACUCCUUGGCAGAGUGCAAUGGUGGUGACGGCCUAUCUUUCUUCCAGAAGAUUGUCGCGAGCCACCUCUUUCCGAGGAGAAUUGGUGAUUUAAUUUUUAAUAAUUUCCUUUAAAAAAAUAGACUUUGGAUACAAUGUUUCUGGACAUCGUCUUCAUAAUGCGUGUCGGGAGGUGCAGCUGUGAAAUAUGCAAGAAUGGAUUAGGCUAUUUGCUGAGCUAUUUGCUCUAAACGACAUCGCUUAAAAUGAAGAAUCUCAAGAAAAGAAAUAAAACGAUGACCUCAUCGCAUUCGAUGGAUUUCAGAUGUAUUUUAGUAUCUUUCUGUGCGUAAAACGAAAAUGUUUUUUGAAUUUUCACCGACUGAAGUGCAGACAACACAAAUGUUUUCUUCUGUUGUCUACCUAUGCACCUAUAGCAGAAUAUUUGUCACCAACUGCAAAUUCAACGGGGUGUAUUUGUUUUUGCCUGUGGUGUAAACAGUACUGGAAUCAAUGAGAUUACGGUUCACUUAAUGUUGGAUUAUCACGUCUCGUCAAUAGAGUGGCCGCAUAGAUGGCGAACACAAGUGAUCUGGGGGAAAGCAACCCAUCGCUUCAGAAUUAUGCUAUCACUGCCUCUGCGGUGAAGCUAGCCUCCCUAGGACUCAUCAUUUGCACCAGUUUGAUGGGGAACGUAUCGUUAUCCCUCCUGGUGCUGAAAGACAGCACCUUACACAAGGCUCCGUAUUAUUUUCUUCUCGACCUGUGCUUGGCCGACAUCAUUCGGACGACUGUUUGCUUCCCCUUCGUGAUGAUAUCCAUAAGCAGUGGUUCCAUCUGGGCAUACAGUCUAAUAAUCUGCAAGAUCAUCGCGUUCAUGGCAGUUCUAUUCUGUUUCCACAUAGCAUUUAUGCUCUUCUGCGUCAGCGUUACAAGAUACAUGGCAAUCGCUCACCACAGAUUUUACUCCAAACGGAUGACGCUGUGGACAUGUGUAGCUAUUAUCUGCAUGGUGUGGACCCUCUCCAUCGCAAUGGCAUUCCCUCCAGUGUUUGAUGUGGGUACAUAUAAAUUCAUUCGAGAGGAAGAACAGUGCAUUUUCGAGCACCGAUAUGUGAAAGCAAACGAUACCUUGGGUUUUAUGUUGAUGCUGGCCGUCAUAGUAGGCACAACGCACGUCGUUUAUAUAAAAAUGCUGUGUUUUGUCUACGAUCAUCGUAAGAUGAAACCCGCGCAGCUGAUCCCGGCCAUCAGCCAAAACUGGACAUUUCAUGGCCCAGGUGCGACAGGCCAAGCGGCUGCCAACUGGAUUGCAGGCUUUGGACGAGGUCCCACACCACCGACACUGGUGGGCAUCCGACAAGCGUCGCACAACGCAAAUCGAAGGCUGUUAGUUUUAGACGAAUUUAAGAUGGAGAAGCGGAUAGGGAAGAUGUACUACAUGAUAACGCUUGCGUUUCUCGUCCUCUGGUCACCUUACAUCAUUACGUGCUACCUUCGAGUGUUUGUCAAAGGCAGCACCAUUCCACAGGUCUACCUAACUGCGGCCGUUUGGCUGACAUUUGCCCAAGCGGGAGCCAAUCCAAUUAUCUGUUUCAUUUUCAACAAAGAACUGAGGAUGCGUCUUAGAGCCUGCUUUCCUUGUUGUGUGGGCACUCAGACACCCAUGGAGCCAUAUUGUGUCAUCUGAGAAACCACGUUGAUAUAAUAUGGGUCUGAAC